AACAUCUGGCCACACUAGCAGAUGACGCUCAAAUUUUAGCGGAAAAACUCAAAAAAAGAAUAACAGCAACAUAAACGUGUGUCCCGCAAUAAUUCCGCAGCUUUAAAAACAAUUUAAAAAAGCAGAUAAACUAAAGAAGAUGCCACGCACCAAGGUACCAAAGAAUUCGAAGCGCAAUCGCGAAGUGGCCAACCGCGAGGAGAAGCUUCGUCUCUACGAACUGAAGCUGGAGUCCAGGCUAAUGGAGAUCGAUUCGCUGGAGUCCAAAUACUUGACCUUGGUGGAUGAGCACAUCAAGAAACUACAGGGACAGUUGCAACAAGAGCUGCGCGACAUGAAAAUGCCCGAGGCUCUGCUGCUCUUCGAAGAACUGGACCACUUUAGCGACUACAAGGCCAGCGACCAAACUCAACUGAUCGCAUCCUCGUCCACAGUCAGCAACACAACAGGCGGGACGGGUACAGGCAAUCGCAAUGACGAAGGCUACCUUACAGAGGACAGCAGCCUGGGAGCCAGCGGCAGCAGCAUGCUAUCCGGGCCCAUUGGCUCCAUGAUGCGAUCUGCCAAGGCCAUGCGUACACCGGGACCGCUGCACUCGGCUAGGGCGCGUCGGGCACGAAGGAGUCGGUCCGCUUGCGGGGAACUUAAUGUCCUCCGCUCAGCGAAACCGCCACCAAUCCCCAGCUGCAGCGGAGCCUCAAGCAACCGCUUGUCGCGGAGCAAGAUGCGAACUCCGAUGGCAUCGCGGGCCAAGGCCUUCAGUGCCGAUCGCACACCCUUGGUCCAGAAGCAAAUGCGCAGCGGAUCGCCCACCACUCCGCCGAUGGCCUUUUUGCGUUAUCCCAAGCCGGGUGAGAUCGCUCUUUCCAAGUGCGGUAGUCCCAUGGUGGCACAAGUAAUGCCCGACAAGUUCGCCAAUGUCAACAUACCCAUUCGGAACGGAGUCCUCAGUCUGCGGCCAAAGAAACUAGAUGCUGACGAAGUUGAAGCGAAUCUUCUAGAGAAUCUGGACGAGGAUACAUUGAAUCAGAUCAAAACGCUGCACGAGAACUUGCAGAUGAUCGUGAACAAGGCCAACAUGGUGGGGUUGAAAUAGUUGCCAAUUCAUAAACUCGAUUAGAUAAUUCACUAUUCUUAUAUUUUAAGUAUUUGUCGUUUAAGUUCUAUUUUUGUACUACUUAUAUAUUUUAUUUUCAAAUCAUAUAUUGAAAUUCUUGUAAUGUAAACAUAAGCUUAAAUAAAUGUUUGUCUGCAAUAAGUGUAAA